CGAGUUGGUUGGCAUAAAAGUAAACUUAUAUUUGCUUGUACUUUAUAUAUACUUUAUAUAAAGGCGAGGAGACCAAUGAUAUCAAGCCACAGCCGGCCAUGAUUACAGACACCUGUGUGUCAGUUGACGCUAUUUAAACUAGUGACCCAGCAGUGUUUGUCAUUAAAAGAUGAAGACUGUCUGUCAAAACGUUGGUUAUUAGGUUAUUCAAUUAUUGCAUCUGAGUAUAUUUAUAUAUAUAUAUAUAUACUGCUUAGCUAUCUCCUCAUGCAACAGUCUCAACUGGAUCCUGAGUAGGCUCCCGGGACACCACCACUUAACACACCCUGUAACUCUGAUGUCAAGUCUCGCACACCCAAAUACCUCUCUGCAGCUGCCACCACAACCUCUGUUUUCUACGACUUCCAUUCCAUCCCUGCAGUAUAGUUGACCUGCACACUUCUCACACCCUGCUACCACCACCUGCCCAUGAGCUUGACACCUGUAACAACGAAAUGUCAAGUCAGAAGGAAUUGAAGGAGGCGUUCGUCAGCAAUCUGAAUGGGACCAGCCUUGGGGAAGUUGCCCUGGGCUCCUUUCUGGCCCCACUGUGCCUGAUCAGCAGAGGACUGUUUCUGAUUCUAUACCAUCUGGGUAGGGGGGCGCUCCCCCUCCCCUGGAUCGCCCACCUCGUCCUGGACUUCUCCAUGAUCAUACUGCCCCUGGUCUUAUCAUGUACCGUUCUGAGUGACAUCCUUCACCUAGUCAUCCUGGGCCUGACUGUCGUGUCUGGGACUGUGCUGUGCUAUAUCUACCGUACCAAAAGGCCAACCAGGCACAGCGCAACUUCUAAGGACACUGCUGCCAAGAGCUUCUUCCAGAGCCAUGUUCAGUGCGACCAAGUGCCCUUUGUGACGAUCUUUCGAGUCCUGGUCAAUGUGAAAACGGCCAUUAGCAUUUUAGCUGUCGACUUCAGCGUGUUCCCAAGACGCUAUGCAAAAACGGAAACCUAUGGAACAGGGGUUAUGGACUUUGGUGUUGGAGCCUAUGUCCUCGCCAACGCCCUGGUCUGCCCAGAGGCACGGAGGAAGGAAGUCUCAGGAUCCAAGUUAAGCCAAGUGGUUAAACAGCUCGUGUCUGUCUGGCCCCUGGUCAUUCUAGGCUUGGCCAGGCUGGUGAGUGUGAAAAUGUCUGGUUACCACGAGCACGUGUCUGAGUACGGCGUGCACUGGAAUUUCUUCUUCACCCUAGCCAUAGUCCGAGUGGCGGCCUCUGUGCUAUUGGCUCUGUUCCCUGUCAACGGGUCAUGGCUCCUGGCCCUUCUGAUUGGAGGACUUUACCAAGUGACCCUGGAGAUGUCUGGACUGAAGUAUUCCAUCAUCCACAACAAUGACAGGACGGGAGGCUUUCUGCAAGCCAACAUGGAGGGGGUUUCAUCUGUUGUGGGCUACAUAGCCAUCUAUAUGGCAGGGGUCCAGAUUGGACUGUAUGUAAUGCGACCAAGGACACAGGUCAAAGAGUGGAUCAGAGUGAUUUGGAAUCUCUUAUUGGGAAGUGCUGUGUUGUAUACUGGCUUGAUCCUGUGUCAGGCCUCUGUUGAGCCAGUGUCUCGCAGGAUGGCCAAUCUACCGUUCUGCCUCUGGACCAUUGCCCAGUCCAUGUUUUUCUUGUCCUGUUUAGCAACUGCUGAUGUUAUUUUGUUUUUUAUGAAAACGGUAUCGGGUUGCGUAAUGGUGUCGUCUUCCUGGUAUCCUUGUAGAAAGGAAGCCUCUGUAUCUGAGGAGAAAAUGGAGAAGAAAGUUGAGGGACUUUGUCUCAUUCAAGCUGUCAAGCGUAAUCAGUUGUUGUUUUUCAUGCUUGCCAAUUUACUGACUGGAAUCACAAAUGUGCUAGUAGAUACAUUCAAUAGUAGUGAUUACAUUUCUGUGUGUGUUUUGCUGUCAUACAUGUUCAUAAAUAGUUUUGCAAUAUAUAUUUUACAUCUCAUGAAAAUCACAGUAAAAUUCUGGUAAGCACAGUGCCAUUCUCUUUACAAUACCUGCCUGUUCUUCUUAUUUUAAUUAAGUCAAAGACUUAUUCCAAUACACUGUAGUGUUUUGUUACAUUGUUUUCCAUAUUAUAGUUGGUGUUAAAGGUCCCGAACAGUCAUUCUGAUUCCCAUGUAAAAUAGCCUUUUGAGUACCUAAAAUAUCACCCAUAAUUUAAUAAAAAAUGUUCUCUCAUGGCUAACUACCAGGAAGUUAGAAAAUACAGGCUGAGUGGGCAGGGAUCUUAUAUUCAUGAGUUUCCCUUGACAGACAGCUCGUUGAAACACCUACAUCAUCAUGCAACGUGGACACAGUGUUGCAGUAAAAUCAUCUCAAGGUAAUUUUGGUGAAACACAAAACAACUCAAAACAUCACUAACCACGUUUUCAUCCCGUUUUAAAAGAAAAUCCUGACAGCUGUGAUGAAAACUGGUAGUUUCAGGACAAUCUUUGUAAAUGCCGACAGAAUUUGUUCGUUCGACAUGCUGGGAUCUUUUUUGUGUCUGUAAAAUUAAUUAUGUGAGAAAUGGUGUUGGAAUUUGUGGAAAAAUAUCAAAGUUAACUUGGAGUCACUCGAUGAUAUGUUGUGUAGUACGCCCACUAUGACCCCAUGGAACCGUGCAGUUUAUUAGGCUACAGAUGAAAUAAAUGAUGAUGAACUUCACGGGGUGGUGAAAGUGCACGGUGAUGAGUUUUAUGCACAAAAUACGUUUUUAGAUGUACUUCGUUCAAUUUUGGAUUGUAGCUACACCUAAUGGAAACAGAUUAUUUUUACUUUAAAUUGUUAUUACAGAUAUACUUCAUUUGUUGUUCAAACAAAUAAUAAAUGUGUCAGAUUCACCAAAUGUAUUUAAGUAUUCGUGUUUCUAACACAGAAAGCGAUAUGUUGUGUGGUACGCCCACUAUGACCCCUUGGAACCGUGCAGUUUAAUCGGCUACAGAUGAAAUAAAUGAUGAUGAACCUCACAGGGUGGUGAAUAUGCACGGUGAUGGACUUGAUGUUCCUUUCCAAUAAAUAUCGAGGGUCUUAUUCUGGUGACAUGAUGAUCGAUGCUUGGCUGCUGUUUAACAAAUACUAUUUUGUUUAAUCCCAUCGUGUAGACUAUACCCACAUUGUAUCUGCCAGCUGUUGGCUGGAGCGCACAUGCCAAGACCAGAGGGCACAAUCCCUAAUAUAACGCAAAAUGUUUUGCGACAAAACCUUCAGUGGAGUUGAAAAUGUGAUGGAAACUCAUUUCGCUUGUAUUUUUUUAUUUGGUACGUGGGAAUUGAACAAAAGUCAUUUUGAUGUGCACCACGUCAUCACGCACAGCCAAGUACAUUUGAUGGAAAAUACAUCUCUGGUGGGGAAAUGCACAUAUUGUUUUUUAUGCAGGUUUUAGAAUAUUAGCAUGAAAAUCGGUCGCCAUUUGGAUGAAAACCUAGCUACUGAUGUCAAUUUGUUUUAUGCUUCUCCCGUUUGGCAUGUCUGUUGCUAUGUGGUUUACAGCAGCACUGACGGAUGUAUUGACAUGACAACUGUGUCAGAGUUUUGAACUAACCCUUCCUCCCUUCCUCCCUCCCUCCCUUCCUUCCUUCCUUCCUCCCUCCCUCCCUUCCUCCCUCCCUUCCUUCCUUCCUCCCUCCCUCCCUCCCUUCCUUCCUUCCUUCCUCCCUCCCAAAAGUUGCCAUUGUAAAUAUUAUGCAAAUAUGUUGUACAAAUAUGAUCUCUUGAUAAUAAACUACUUUGAAAUGUUU